AUGGCGUCCGAGACGUCCUCCCCGUCCUCGCCGGCGGGCCACUUCAGCCCCCUCCCCGACAACGACUCUGGACUCAGGCUACGCUUCACCCAGGGCCUCCCCAGUCCCGCGCCGCACUCUCCCGAGAUUGAGCACAGCCAGCUCUCCCUCAAGACCAAGACGAAGCCACGCAACCGGAAACACUCCAAGACGCAGAGCCUCAGCAGCACCAAGAGCGCCAAGAGCCCGCUCCUCGACGCCCUCAAGCUCCCCGACAUCAACAUCCCCCGUCCCGUCCAGAUCCAGUUUGCCCCCCUCCACAUUCCUCCACACCGCCGAUUACAGACGGCCGCCGUCGCGACAUGGGCGCUCCUCAUGCCGCUCUCCCUCAUCAUCUACUUCUUCGCUCUCUCCCUCCCCUUCCUCUGGCCGAUCGUCAUCCCGUACACGAUCUGGGUCCUCUUCAUCGACAAGGCGCAGUACCGCGGCGGUAGGCCGGAGGAAUGGGCCCGCCGCUUCUUUCUGUGGAAGUACUUUGCUCACUCCAACUUCAAGAUCCCGGUGUACCGUGACCUGCUCAUGCUCCAUGGUAUUUCGUCCGUCUCGAAGCGCGCGUGCAAGAACAUUCUGAAGCUCGGCCCCGGAAACGCCAUCACGAUUGUCGUCGGAGGCGCCGCCGAGUCUCUGUCGGCGCACCCCGGCACGUUUGACCUGACGCUGAAGAAGCGCCUCGGCUUCAUCAAGGUCGCGAUGCGGGAAGGCGCCGACCUCGUGCCGGUCUUCUCCUUCGGCGAGAACGACAUCUACGACCAGCUCGCCAACGAGAAGGGCUCCAAGGUGUACAAGCUGCAGAAGAAGUUCCAGGCGCUGUUCGGCUUCACGCUGCCGCUCUUCCACGGCCGCGGCAUCUUCAACUACAACUAUGGCCUGAUGCCGUUCCGGCAUCCGAUCGUGAGCGUGAUCGGGCGCCCGAUCAAGGUCGAGCAGUGCACGAACCCGACGACGGAGCAGAUCCACGAGGUCCAGAAGCAGUACAUUGACGAGCUCGUGCGCAUCUGGGACAAGUACAAGGACCUGUACGCGAAGAACAGGACAAAGGAGUUGACCCUCGUCGAAUUCCUCCCUGUCCCGCCUGUCGGUAUCUCCUAG